AUGAAACGUGAAACAGAAAAACUUGAAAAAGAAGAAGAUGCAAUGAGAACCACAAUGAAAUCAUUACGAAGACAAAUUCAUGAAGAAUCAACAAUAAUUACAAUGCUUGAUAAACAUUUAGAUAAUGAUCAACGUGAACUUGAUUCCUUGAAUGAAGCAGAAACCAUUGAAGCUACAGAAGUCACUACAGAAUUACAAACCAAAGUUGAUACAUUAACAGAUAAUGUAAACAAGUUAGAAAUAAAUGAUGUAAAAACAAAAGAAAGUUUAGGAUCAUUUAAACAUAAUUUAUUAGAAGUCAAUGAAAACUAUGUCAAAGAUAUAGAUCAAUUAGUACAUGCAAAAACAAGUAUUAGUAAUCAACAUGAACAAGCAUCAGUAAGAUAA